AUGGCGGCAAUGGCAACAAGCGGCGUGGCAGCAAGUGUGCGUGAUGGCAACCAACAACAUGGCAAUGGCGGCGGCAAUGCUUGCGCCGCAGCGGUGCAUGCCAUUCUUAAGAAGCUAGACCUUGAUUAUGCGCUUAAUGAGAAAAAACCACAUGCUUGUUCUCCUAUUUAUGAGUACUCCGCUGAGAGGGUGAAGGAGUACAUCCCAAAAUUAGAAAAAUGGGAGAAAUCCGACAACAUUGCUAAAAUGAUAAUAACAUGCUCACUCUCAGUUAACAUGAUGAGGAGAUUUCUUUCUAAUGAAAACAACACCGAGGGAUUAAGUGCUAAGGAGCUUCACAACUCCAUUAAAGCACACUUUAGAAAGGUUUUCCUCUUUGAUAACUUACUUAAUUCCCGUUAUGAUGGGAUAAGUGGUAUGGGUAAUCACGUUAAUAUCUUGUUUGAUAUGGCUUAUGAGUUGAAGGCACUUAGAUUAGAUGUGUCCAAUGAGUUUAUGAUAAAUUGCCUUAUGAAUUGA